AUGCGAACCAUUGAUGAUGCAUUCGAAGUCAAAAAUCUACUCCAAGCACGCUUUGCAUAUCCAGCAGCCGCGGGGUUUGGGAACUGGCAAGUUCGAGUUUCCCCAUCGAGCCCUGACUUAGCACGCUCUGGCUGGUAUUUACCACCGACGACCGAAGACCUUCUGCAAGAUUGCGCGGAGACUGUGGAAGGGGAGGCUAUCUUCUUCAGGGGGUUCGUCUUCAAGAAAUUUCAGUAUGGCCAUGUUCUGCAUGACUUGCUGCCAGUUCUUGUUUGGAUGAGCACUUCGCACCCCAAAGCACGAGUAGUCCUAGAGUUGGACAAGCAGAACAACAUCCAAAAGUUCAUAGCAUGGUUUGAUCCGGCAUUGUACCAGCGGACUUCUUUCGUACAGUCCGAGCAAGUUGUGUGCGCGUCUUCGCUGUGGGUUGUGGUCCCAAAGGCCCCGAGCCCGCACGGACUUCGCAUUCCACCUCUGUUUAACCACUUGCGCAAGCACAUCGCGCAGGUGCAGCCUGCCUACAACGCAACACGGGUUGUAUACACCCUCCGGAUGUCUUCCACAGCAGGACAUGGCCGGCUCUUAACAACUGAACAUUCUCAGGAGGUUGUGCAGACUGCCACAGACGCCCUGAGUCGGCACGGGAUGUCGUCAGAAAUCGUGGUCUUCAAUGGAACGUCGGACGGAAAGAAGGCAGCAUCUUACCAAGAGCAGCAUCGCCUGUUUAGCUCCGCCGUCCUUGUUUUCGGCCCGCAUGGAACUGCUUUCUCAAACAUCCUCUGGAUGCCCUGUGACAUCCACACGGCGGUAAUCGAGUUCAUUUGCGGUGGCCACUCUCUGAAGGUUCGGGGCUGCGACCUGCCGGACGGCAACGUCCGCUUGGCUACUUAUUUCAGCUUGGAAGGAAGCAUUUCUUGGGUGAAGUACUUCCACGUCAUGACGCAGGGUGUUUCCGACGAGGUCAGCGAUUUCAUGCAGGUCGACUUAGCCGGAUUUCGGCAGGCUUUGGAUGCGGCUUUGGAGCAUGUCAAGCUCAAGCGGUGA